GACGUGGAAACCCGGAAGUGUCAGAGGGAAGAAGCGGUGUGUUGGCAUCCUGGAGACAUUUCGAUCAAAGUGCAAUAAAAAGCCGUCCCUCGUGUCCUCACGCCGAGGACACACGUGUCGUUAUGCGGGGACACUUCCACUGAGCCACCGGAGCAACGUCAGCAGUGCUGAGGAGGGAAAAGAUGGGGAGGAAAGACGCCAGUGCGACCAGAUUGCCAGUCGAGCAGUACAGGAAGCAGAUUGGUAAGCAGGACUACAAAAAGACCAAACCGGUCUUAAAGGCCACACGGCUGAAAGCUGAAAUGAAGAAGAAUUCCUCUGGAUUCAGGGAUGCGUUCCUCGUCAUCGCAGCGAUCGUGUUGUUUGUGCUCUGCAUCUACGCCUUCUUCUACCUCAACCUGAGCACCGAGCUCAACCUGGACGGGGACGACGAUUAACAGGAGGUGGACUACACGCUGGGAACUUUAUUAUUUCAUGUUUACAGCCACAGAAUCAUGUCUAGACUGUUCAGUUUGUGAGCAGGACACACUUUGACAAUGAGCUGCCUCUUCAGGAGGGAAUCCAUUAGACAAUGUAAGUUUCAGGCCAUUUUAGAGAUUUGACACACGUUUUCUAUUGUCCCUUGAUUUUCAUCGUGGGAGCAUACAAUGAAGCUGCAGUUACUGUUGUACUGACAUUAAUUAUGCUAUGGUUUUAAAUCCAUAAAUAGUAUUUUUUUUUUUCAUCUUUUCUUUGAUUCUGCUGCAAAUUCUACGUUCGGCAAAGAAACCGAGCCUCGUCUCACGCGCGUCUUCCAAACCGCAGCCGAGCCCGAGCUCUGUUAAUCAUAUUCCGCCGAGUCACGUCCCACUGUUUUCUCCACUAAUAGAAAAAUGUAAAUCUCCCGCGGAACCUCUCGUCACAUCAAGACAAACACUUGCCUCGCAUUCCAGUGCACAAACCCCUCCUCGCGGACGGCCGCAGAUCACAAAGUGUGAGAUUAGAAUCCACAAAGCCCUCGUCCUGAUUGAACAUGUGCGCGGAAUACAGAGAUGCGCAUUGUACCUGCAGCACACACAUGCAGCACUUAGGCAGACGUCCUCGGGAUUAGCAUUACAAAUAUGAGGGGCUGUUCUUUCAUUUGAAUGGAAAUUUACAGACGUGACUGACGCAUGUUGCUCACAAGGGACACAUUGAUGACUUCCCCCUUGUACAGUGUGACACAUCUCUAUAGAACGAGAUAUCAGGGUUUGUCAAUGUUUAUUUUUUUUUCACUUCUCACUACAUUCAAUGUUAGCGUCUUUUUUUUUUUUAGUCCACAAGCCAUUUUGAAAAUCUAUAUUAUUUGCAUUUAAUUAUCACUUUCUGCUGCAAGCAUGCGGCACAUUUCCGCCCUAACUAGCAAUAUCAGUGCUGUUUUAUAAAACCCAAUCGAUGCAUUAUUUUGGAAAGGUUUUUUUAAUGCAUAAAAGGCCGUUACUAAAAACACAAGAGGCCUUGUGACUUCUCUCAUUCCGAUGUUUUUCUUUUUUCUUUUUUCUUUUUUUUCUCCGCUGAGCCUUUUCUUAAAAAACAAGUCUUAAUGUCUGUGUCUCGAUUGUGUUCCGGGGCUCGAAAUGUGAGACGGAUUUCGUGCUUUCAGUUUCUGCAUUUUCUCCCAUGACCUCCUGACCUCUAGUAAAAGACUACACGUCAAAGAAACCAUUAUGAUAAGCAUGCACCCGUACCCUCGCCCAGUGGCUUUUAUCAGGCCUCGGUACAUCCACCCCCCCACCCCCCACCCCUCGCAUGUGUAACAAUAGACAGCCCGGGCCCUAAUAGACCUUCAUACAUGACACCUGUUAUCUCAAAGGUCACCGUUACCAAAUACAAGAGCUCUGACAUCAGCGCGGUGAAAAGGAAUCCCAGCACCACGAGCCAUGUUUGGCAAGAUGAGAUGCAAGCUAUUCUUCACAGCGGUGUAAUGGUUAGUGCUGUUUUUGAAUUGGUUUGAAUGGUAUAUACACAUUCUACAGUUGGCUUUGGUUCAGUUACUGGAUACUGUGUGAUGUCUUUUCAACUACAUUUCUGUAUUUCUUUUGUUUAAAUUGAUUUUAAAUCAAAAGGAUGAAUCUCUUUGUAAGGAAAUAUGUAUAAUGUAAAAAAAUUAAUAAAAAAAACUCUCUUCA